AAAUAGCACAAACGGAUGUUGUCGACUCAUUGGCCAGCUUCGCGUUUCGAGCUGUAUAAAACGGUUUGAGCUCCAGACCCGUAGACAUAACGUUACUCCUUUGGACGGAUUUAUUGUAACUGCCUCACUGUUAUUAAAGGAGCUUAAUCUUAAUAGAUACCGACUCAAUGGCAAAUAUUAUAACGUUUCAGACGCAAAUCGCUUCAGUCAUGGAAGUACUCGCAAACGCCGCUGUGGCAGAAAUAUGCAAACUUGUUGAGGACAGCUAUACCGAAUUACAGCUUGAAAUAUCUCAAACACAAAAGGAGAAUAACCUCCUUAAAAAGAAAUUGAAAGUGAUAGAAAUCCGGGAUUCGUUUUAUCGAAGAGCUCGCAAACUAAGAAACGAAUCAACUGCCUUGACAAAAACAGGUGUUCACGAAAAAGCAUCAGGUCGAAUUAGUGUGAAAAUCGCUUCGCUGUCUAAUGAGGGUGGGGAUGAAGAUGAAACAGCUCGCUCCCGUAAAGUCUCGCAUCUUCAACCCGAAAGACUAGACCAGUCUGUAGAGAAUGACGAGCCAGACAUUCUCCUUAUUAAAGAGGAGAGAGCUGGCAACGAGAGGUGUGAACAGUCAGAAAGAGAAACAGAGACUACUGAAAAUCAUAAAGAUGACAGCCAGUACAGGAGUGCAGGAGUCUUUGUAACAGUCCGCAGAGAUAACUUCAUAGACCAGAACACAGUCCAGCACUGCCAUCAAGAGUCUGUAGAAGAUGAGGAGCUAGAUGUUCUCAUUAUUAAAGAGGAGAGACCUGACAACAUGAGGUGUGAACAGUCAGAAAGAGAAACAGAGACUACUGAAAAUCGUGAAACGACUAUGGAGAGAUGUUGUGAUGGAGACGCAGAGACUAACCUGCAGCCUGUCCCUUCCUUCCCCUCAUGGGUUUCCAGGAGAUUGGACGCAACCACAAAUCAUCCCUCCUAUGCUGAAUCUGAAUGCAACGGAGGACCUUCUGUGAAUCAGUACUUGAUGUACAGAAGAAGUGCAGAUCCCAUGUGUUCCUAUGCAACUCCAAUGGACUCUAAUGGCUUGUCUAUGCCUGAUAUGGAAGGCCAUUUAACACACAGCGAUGAAGGUAACAACAUUUCUCAAUCCGAGCGGUCCCGUUUCACACCAAGCUUUUCUUUCAAACAGUCAGACUCUCCUCAGAUGCAAAGGAAAGACAAGUUCAUAUGUAAACAUUGUGGAAAAGCGUUCUCUCAACCCAGCACUUUCCUCUUGCAUCAAAAACUUCAUAACAGGGAGAGGCUUCACCACUGUACACUCUGCGGUAAGCGAUUUAGUCAGGCGUCUAGUCUCAAAAGACACCAUAGCAUCCACAGAGGAGAAAAACCUUUCAGAUGCGUGCACUGUGGCAAGCAGUUCGCAGAUCAAAGUAACCUCAAAAAACAUGUGACUGUUCACACAGGUGAAAAGCCUUAUGGUUGCAACCUUUGUGGGAAAAUGUUCAACCAGUCUUCAAACCUCAAAACACACAUGAGGAUCCACACACGUGAGAAGCCUUUUGGUUGUGAUCGAUGUGGGCGGAUGUUUGCACACAAGUAUAUUUUGGUGAAACACCAACAGAGAAUCUGUGUGUCUGCUGGACAAUUCUAGACUUCACAAGGUAGAGAAUACUCCCAUUGGUACCUAUCAUUAAUUUAAUCAGCUUAAUUUACAUUGGAGUGGAAAAUGCACUGGUGCACAUUAUUCCAAAUAAUAAAUAAGAAUCUUUUAUCAAGUGCAAUAAUUGUUUUUUUUUUUUUUUUUUGGUUGUCAACAUCUGCUUCUUCUUACAAACCACAACGUUCCAUUCUGAAAUGGACACUUUUGAUGAUCCAAACAAUUCUUGAUGGAUAAAAUAAUUUAUUUUCUCAUCGGAUAUCCUGUUUCACUGAGAAAUACAUCAGAUUUCUGAAGUAAACUGAGCUGCGAUCAGCAUUUCAUGUUGAUUCAUUUUUCUUAGCUAUGUUACAAUGUACAGUAAUUGAAAAUAGUCUUUAACAAACAAUUUAGAUUAUCUCAGAAAUGAUUAUUGUAUACAUUUUAACUUAAAAGACUGCUAAAUGCUGUUAUGUAACAU